AUGAAGAUCUCGUCGUCGUCGUCGACCAGCCCCACGUCGCCGGUGUGCAGCCAUCCCUCCUCGUCGACGGUCCUCGCUGUCGCCUCCGGAUCGUUAAGAUAUCCUGCACCACCAACCCCAUUGACGAUCAGAAACAAGUCCGAGAUAAACGACGAUAGAGAAAGAAAGAAGGAGAGAAAUCUGACACCCAUUAUCGGAACUUAUCAGGUUUCGGUGGGCUUUUACCUUUCAUGAUCUGGGCGCCUCUGAUGCAGAUCUCGCCGGCGCUGUGCCUCGGCAGGGAGUCGCCGGAAUCCGGGUCGACGAUCUUGAGCUCGGCGUUGCGGACGACGGUGCCGCAGGCGCCUGACUUCACUGUGUAGGGUUCCUUAGCGAAGGCCAGGCACAUGGAGAGCACAGGGCCAGCCUCCGUCAUCCCGUAG